AUGUUAAUUAAAUAAAUUGCAAACUAUUACUUAAGGAGACCUUAAUCCGCAAGAUAUUUUACGAGUACCAGAAAACUAGCUAAAUUAUCGUUUAAUUCAUAGAACUUUUUUCAUCAGCAAAAUAAUUUAGAAAAUAACUUCUUAGAAGAAAAAAUAGAACAUUGUCAUUAAGUAGCAAAUAGAAUCAUGACUGACUUAGGAACUAAAACCAAAUUCACUGAAGGUAGCAUUUAAGAGCCUAACCAAGGUAAGAUUGGUGGCGAAUUCGUUAAGCAAUAAAACCCUGCCUUCCUUGACGAAAGACUUAAGUACUUCGAUGCCAUCUAUGCUGAAUAGCAAUAAAUUCUUGCCAAGGCCGAAAAGCCUGAAAUUACCGUCACUCUUAAGGAUGGCAAGACUAUUCCUGGUAAGGCUUUUGAAACUACUCCUUCCCAUAUUGCAAAGUCAAUCUUCAAGAAGGUCCCUGAAAAGUUUGUAGGUGCAAAGAUUGUCUACAGCAAGAAAUACGAAAGUGAAUUGACCAAGAUUGGUGAAUACGUUGAUGCUGAAGCUGAAGAAGUAGCUGAAGAAGGUGGAGAUUGCUGCGGUGGCCACGGCGAAUAAAAGUUUGAAGUUUACGAUCUUGAAAGACCUCUCGAAGGUGACUGUACUCUUGAGCUCAUCGACUUCGAAUGCCAAGAAGGAAGAGAAGUUUUCUGGCACAGCUCUGCUCACAUGUUAGGUCAAGCUUUAGAAUUAAAUUACGGUGUUCACUUAUGUAUUGGACCUCCUUUGGCUAAUGGUUUCUUCUAUGAUUCUUACAUGGGUAACGAAAAGAUUUCCCAAGAUAACUUUGCUGAAAUCGAAAAGACCUUCGCUAAGGUAGCUUCUGAAAAGCAACCCUUCUAAAGAGUUAUUUUAACCAAGAAGUAAGCUUUAGAAUUAUUCAAGCAUAACCCCUUCAAGGUUUAAUUGAUCACCAACAAGAUUCCUGAUAACGCUAUCACCACUGCUUACAAGUGUGGUAAGUUGAUCGAUUUAUGUACUGGUCCUCACUUACCCCACACUGGUUAUGUUAAGGCCUUUAAGGUUGAAAAGAACUCUGCUGCUUACUGGCUCGGUAAGAACACUAACGAUGGUUUACAAAGAGUUUAUGGUAUUGCUUUCCCUUCAAAGAAAGAACUCGAUGCUCACGUCUUAAGACAAGAAGAACUUGCUAAGAGAGAUCACAGAAAUAUCGGUAAGCAAUAAGAAUUGUUCACUUUCCACCAAUUCUCUCCUGGUUGUGCUUUCUUCUAUCCUAAUGGUGCUCACAUCUACAACAAGUUGAUGGAAGUCUUACGUAAAUAAUACAAAAUUAGAGGAUACUCUGAGGUUAUUACUCCUAACCUCUUCGAUGCCUAACUUUGGAAAAUCUCUGGUCAUUGGGACAAGUAUAAAGAAAAUAUGUUCCUUCUCAAGAAUGAUAAUGAAGAACACGGAUUCAAGCCUAUGAACUGUCCUGCUCACUGUCUUAUGUUCGAUUCUAUUCAAAGAUCUUACAGAGAUCUUCCCUUGAGAUAUGCUGACUUUGGUGUCCUUCACAGAAACGAAGUCCACGGUGCCCUCUCUGGUCUCACCAGAGUUAGACGUUUCUAACAAGAUGAUGCUCACAUCUUCUGUACUAUGGAUCAAAUUAUGGAAGAAAUCAAGAAUGCUUUAGAUUUUAUCGAUUACAUGUACAGCUUAUUUGGUUUCAAGUACAGCCUUGCUCUCUCCACCAGACCUGAUAACUAUAUUGGUGAAAUCGAAAUGUGGGAUUAAGCUGAAAAUGCUCUUAAGAAAGGUCUUGAAGCUUUUGGAAAACCCUGGGCUAUUAAGGCCAAGGAUGGUGCUUUCUAUGGUCCUAAAAUUGAUAUCUAAUUAUAUGAUGCCUUUGACAGAGGUCACUAAUGCGGAACCAUUCAAUUAGAUUUCAACUUACCUAUCAGAUUUAACCUCUAAUACAGAGCCCCUGAAAACAAGGAUGACAUUGAAAAGUAAAGAAAGAAACAAGAAUCUACUGAAGAAAGCGUUCCUCUUUCAUAAGAAGAAAAGAAAAAAUUAGAAUAACAAAUUUCUGAAGGUGAAUCUGCUGACUCUCUUUCUCACAAGAAGUCAAAGAAAUCCACUGACUCCUCAGCUUAAUCCUAAGCUUCUGAAAAGAAAUACGUUGUUGCUCCUCAUCACUUGAAGCUUGGUUUCUAAAGACCUGUUAUCUUGCACAGAGCUGUCAUCGGUUCUUUCGAAAGAUUCUUGGCUAUUUUGUGUGAAUAAACUGCUGGUAAGUGGCCUUUCUGGUUAUCUCCCAAGCAAUUAAUUAUCUGCCCUAUUACUGCUAAGGUUAACGAUUUCGCCCAAGAUGUUGCUGAUCGUUUGAAAGUUGAAGGUUACAAGGUUGCUGUCGACCUUUCUGAAAGCACCAUCCAAAAGAAGGUUAGAAACGCUCAAUUAGAACAAUAUAACUACAUUGCUGUUGUUGGUGAAGAAGAAAAGAGAGGAGGCUAUGUUGAUUUAAGAGCCAGAGAUACCACCAAGGAUCAAGAAAGAAUGGUAAUUUAUUUCUUUUUCCCAUUUUAAUUUAAUAUUUAAAAAUAUUUUUUUGUUUAUUUUAGGGUAAAUUCACUAUUCACUAACUCUUUGCUCUCUUCUAAUCCUAAGAACCCCACAAAUCUUCAGCUGAAGUCAAGCUUAUGGAAAGAAUCCAACACAUUAAUGGUAAUCCUUAACAUGCUGCUCUUGAAGAAGAAUUAAAGACCAAGAUGUUCUUAGAAGGAGAUGGUUUUGCUUUAGGUGCUAGAGAUAAAGAAGUUUAUGAAAGCCUUAAGAGCUCUCACAUUGAUAAUGUAUCUUAUCCUAAUCUCCACAAGUGGUUCUAAUAUUUAUCAAAGCAAGCUUGAUAUAUAAAAAAUUGAAUUUAUUCAUAAAAAAUAAUAAAAUUACUUAUUCUUAUACCUAUAUGAAAUAUAUAAUGUAGUUCACAAUUUAGAUUUCUUAAUAUUUAAUUUACACUUUUAACUCUAAUUGUUUGUUACUUAUUAUUCUAAUUUAUUUUUAAUUCUAUUUCAUGAUAAUUUAUUUUUUGUUGAAAAUAAAAGAGUUAUCUUGGAUUGUUCAAAUUUUUAAUUAAUUUAUGUUAAUUUUUUAAUUAUUCAUACAUGCUAAUUUUAUUAUUUUAAUUUAUAUUUUCAUUUUUAAAUCUAAAAAAUUAAUUAAAUUUUUAUUUUUUUAAAUUCCAUUUCUGAACAAUAUAAAAUAAUUAUCAAUAUGUAAAACAAACAAGUUAUUCGAUAUAUUUUAUAGUCUUAUUCAUUCAUUUAUUUAUUUAUUUAUUCAUUUAAUCUAAAAUAUUCUUGA